AUGGACAGGAAGGCUCUCAGGCAAGCACAUGAAUUGGUACGUUCAGAUCCAUUGAGUUUAGCUUAUCAGGAAUUGGAGAAGGAGAAGUACAACAAGUUCAGGCAAUCCUCAUACAUGGCGGAGAUGCACUUGCAACGGGAAAGCAAAGCCACAUGGGUGAAAUUUGGAGAUGACAACACUAACUUGAAGCUAUUUGUGGACUACUACAAGGAACUACUAGGGAGGAAGAAAAAUCAAAGAACUAAAGCAUUUACUAGUAUUCCGAGGAAUGGUCCAGUGCUGGAGACCACACAGCAGAUGAAAUUAUUGGAGCCAUACACUGAAAAGGAGGUCAAACAUGCCAUAUUUCAAAUUGACCAGAACAAGAGCCCAGGCCCUGAUGGGAAAGACAUCACUGAUGCUAUUUUGGAAUUCUUUUGGAAUGGCAAACUGUUGAAACAAAUAAACUCUACAAAUAUAGCUUUGAUUCCAAAGAUUACAGUACCUGAAAAUGCAAGUCAAUAUAGGCCUAUAACAUGUUGCAAUGUCCUCUAUAAGGGUAUAUCAAAGUUGAUUUGUAGUAGACUCAAAGAGGCAAUUACUGUAAUUGUGGAUGACAACCAGUCUGCUUUUGUACAAGGGAGAUCCAUGGUACACAAUGUUUUGAUAUGCCAUGACUUGUUGAGGUACUAUGGUAGGAAGACCACACCAAGAUGUUUGAUGAAAAUUGAUCUCAGGAAAGCCUACGACAUGUUCUGUAAAAGAGUUAUGGAAGCCUUGGCCCAUUUCAGUGAUGUAUAUGGGCUGGUAACAAACACGGCGAAGUCAAGCAUCUUUAUGGCUGGGAUUGAUGACCAAACCAGAGAUCAAUUGCUGGACAUAACAUAA